GCCAUUUUUGUGUAGUCAAAGAACAGUAUAGCGUUAUGUAGCAAUAGUAGUAGUCGUCAUUACUACUUUAUUUUUUUUAAAUCAUCGUUAGCUUUCCUGACUUAUUUUUUUAUACAGUGCGAGUGGCGUUUAUGUAGGGGGCUGGCGGGGGGGUAGAGGCGUGAACAAGUUUGAUUCAGAGUCACAUACACAGACAGUAGCAUACAAACACACUGGAGCUGUGCUAACAAGGUGCAGAAGCGAACGGUUUCUAUUAUGGACAGAAUGUUGGACAAUCUCGCCAAAACUGAGUUUAUCAGUGUCUGUGUUCAAAACCCAAGGCCCCAAAAACAGGACCUCUGGCACGCCCACGUCGACUAUGAAAUCUGUGUACACACAAAUAGCAUGUGUUUUCGCAAGAAGGCUUCAUGUGUGAGGAGGCGUUACAGCGAGUUUGUUUGGCUGCGGCAUUGUCUGGAACAAAAUGCGCUCAUCAUAGAAGUACCUAAGCUGCCCCCCUGGAACCCAUUCUUCAGCCUAAGGAACACACAGCAGGUCAGCCAGAGGAUGCAGGGCCUACAGGAGUUUUUAGAACUUGUUCUUCACACACCGUUGUUGUUGUCAGACAGUCGGCUCCAUCUGUUCCUCCAGUCCGACCUCAACGUCACAAAGAUGGAAAAGUGUGCUCUUGGCAAAACCAGGUACACGGUGGCCGAGGCCAUCCAGCGUUCUGGCGUCGGGUGUAUCAUGAGAUUGGAGGACAAGGCCUCAUUUGACUCUGACUAUGAGAGCUCCUCUUCAUCGUCGGGCUUGGGCUUAAGUGUGGACAGCACCUGACGUAGAAGCCUCCUACACUUCUUUGAGUCAUCCGGGUUGUGCAGUUGUCAUUCGGAGUCGCACACAAAAUGGCUUAGCGAAGCCUGAGGAACUGAAUUUAUGAACAAGAGAGACAAUUUCUUCAUUAGCCUCAAAGACAAAGUUCCCUUUUUUUCUUCCAUUGUAUGCUCUUUUUUAAAAAAAUGUAUGGUGUUUUUUUUUUUUCUUAAAGUAAUAACUCUGUUAUUUGAGCAUGUACUUGGAAAAGAAUAGUUCGUUUUAAAAAAAAAUGUACAGUAAAACUACAUUUAUAAAUUCUUAAUUAUACUGUUUGUAUUUUUAUUUGCACGAAAGCUGAGGUUAGUUCGGUAUGUUUUG